AUGAUUGUCGCUGAUAGCUGCAAUGACCACGAGAAGGACAGUGGCGACAACAGCGACUACGACUACGGCUGGGAUCUCUCGCUCGAGGAACAUGUCAACCAGCUGCUUUCUCUCCAGACUGCUGCGCCCGCCUCGACGGCCCACAGCCCACACGGACAUGGCUCUCCGUCACGCUGUGCGGCCAGCCCGGCCAGGCUCGAGGCCAGCGCCGUCGAGCCGUCUGUCCUGGUCGAUUCCGAGCAGGGCAGCAGCAACAUCGUCUACCCGGACUUGACUCACGCUCUCACCGAUCUGGGCCCCAGUCCACUUAGCAGAGGCACUGACGCAGAAGCAGAUGCUGACCAGUCCUCCCCCCUGGCCCGCUUCCGUACGGCGCCGCGCAAGCCGCUCUCGGUCAGCGACCUGACGGCCGGCGCCUGGUGCGAGCUGCAGUACGAGUACACGCUGACGCGGCUGCCGGGGGGCCGGCGCACGCGCACGGCGGCCAUGCGGGCCGGCACCAAGGUGCAUGCCCGGUUGGAGGAGGAGGUGCAUACCACCGUGCGCGUCGAUGUCGUCUCGCGCGAGGAUGUGCAGGGCCUGAAGCUUUGGAACAUGAUCCAGGGCGUGCGCACGCUGCGCGAGACCGGCCUGACGCGCGAGCUCGACGUCUGGGGCGUUGUAGACGGCCAGAUCGUCAGCGGCAUCAUCGAUGCCAUCAGCUUCUGCUGUCCAGACCCAAGCCUGGAGGCCGAAGUAGUGGAGGCGACGGCGAUGAUGGGCCGGGGUGGCAAAAAAACAAAAACCCGAAAAGCAGGAGGCCGGAAAGAGAAAGAGAAAGUGAAAUGCAAAGACGAAGACGAAGCCAACAGGAUCACCGACUACUUCUCCUCGCCGCCAAGGCCGUCUCAGUCGUCCGGCAGGCCUCGGGAACCACCACCGCCACUGGAGCCAGUCCGCAAGGCCUACAUCACCGACAUCAAGACGCGCGGCUCCAGCACAUUGCCGUCCGGCGCGGCCGUGCGGCCGACCAAGAUCCAGCUGUUCCUGUACCACCGCUUCCUGGCCGCCAUGGCCGCUGGCCGGCUGGACUAUGCGUAUGUCUUCCAGCGUUACUCGCUCGACCCGGACGCGGCCUUUUCCGACGCCUUCCUCGCCCAGAUGGGCGAGCUGCACGACGAGAUAUUCAGCGACGCAGAUUCGGCGCCUACGACGCCUACCCGGUCCAACGACGCCGCCACCGUAGUAGCAGCAGCGGCCGAACCGAGUCCGAUGCGUUAUGGGACGCUGCGCUCGCUCGCACGGCUGCUGCAGGACGAGCUGGCGCUGACGUUUCCGCACGGCGCCGACUCACUGGGACGGUUCGUCGUCGCGGAGUAUCGGCUCCGGCCGCUCCGGCGGCGCAGGCGACCUCGUCAACAGACGGCUCGACAGGACGGCCCGUCAGAGGAUGAGAAGAGCGAUAACGACAGCGGCAGCGAUGGCGGCAGCAAUAACGACGAGUCUUCGGGUCGCUGCAUCGGCACCAACGUCAUUCCGGUCGACGAUGCCGUCUUGGACCGAUACCUGGACUGGUACCUGCAGUGGUGGCGUGGGCUGCGGCCGGCGACGGGCGUCGAUAUCGAAGAGGCGUCGCUCAAGUGCGGCUACUGCGAGUUUGCGGACGGCUGUGGCUGGCGCAGCGCCUUGGACGAGGAGCGUGUGAGACGCGUGCGCGAGAAGCUGGACCGAUAG